GAGGGCUUCGCCAUGAAGCAUCGAGCUAGCACGUGUUUGGAGAUCGAGUCUUUCAUCCCAAUGUCUUGGAGAAGGAAAAUCUUCUGCGACCUUGGCUUCCACAUGCCCCUGGCCUUCUCUGAAAGCGAUGAGGGGCCCAGUGGAGGCGUGCAGGCGAUCGAGAGAGACGACUGUCCUCGGUAUGUGCCGGACCGGAUCAUGCGCUUCACCGGAGACGCCUCGGCCACCGACCCCUGGCCGAACAUUCAGUUCCAGGACAACUCGUCUCCUGAGAAUGGCAAGGGGGACAGCUAAGCGUGAAGAAGGACAAGGAUCAAGAAUGGAGGCGGUGUUGAGCUUUUUGUUCUAUGAAUGAUCGAAUGAAUUUUGAUGAACAU